UUUUUACUCAAUGCCUUUUUAGGCACAGCGUUUCACGUGUACGGUUUUGACGUGAUUGACGAUUUUAUUCAUAACAGGGAUUGGACAGUCAAUGGGCGGUUUCCUAGAGUGACGCUGUGCGACUUCAAAGUUCGUCGUCUAGGUCACAACGUCCAGCGUUAUACCGUGCAAUGCGUCUUACCCGUUAAUAUGUUUAACGAAAAGAUCUUCAUGUUUCUCUGGUUUUGGUUUGUCAUCGUCUCAGCUGCAACCACCCUCGGGUUUUUCGCCUGGCUUUCAGAUCUUUUACCGAGUAGACGCAGGCAUUUCAUUCGAAAACAUUUAAAGGUGACAGGUAGUUUAUCUCCCGCCGACGCCGAUUUGUGUAACGAAUUUGUCCACGAUUACUUAUAUUUGGACGGAGUAUUUACCUUGAGGCUAAUCGGUAGAAAUUCGAACACGAUUAUUCUGGCUGAAUUCAUAUCUCAGCUCUGGUAUUAUUAUCGAAAAAAAUAUAAGGGGAUGCCACUCAUUCCGAUGGACAGUGAUGAAGAAUCGGAAGAGACAGAAAAUGACAAAAAAGAAUCUUAAGCAGUAUGAACAGAAGAGAUUAACGGUGAUGUUUGUUACAGUCUGUUAUAUUCAUCGAUCCCAUUCUGAUCUAAAAUAUUGUACAAGAUUUAGAAUAAGGUACUAACUUCAGUUAGUAUAGCUACAUGUAUCUGUAUCAGCAGAUAGAUGAGCGGCAGGUGAUGUAAAUAAAAACAGACGGUUUGUAUAAGUUACAACUCUAACCAUGAAACGUAUUGUAAGUAAAGUGAACCUUUUUUUAUAAAUCCCAUUGUCAGAUGUGGAAAGCUAAUUUUUUAUAUUUUAUGUAAAUAUUUGUAUUAGAGACAGGCGUGAGUCAGUGGAAGGCGUUACUUCUCAUUAAAAUGUUAAAUGAUUCGUCACCAUAAACAUUUAAUCACGCAGUCCCCAUUUCUUUUCAG